AUGCUCGCAAGGCAAAUUUCUCACUGCGUCGGCGAUGUAGUAAAUGAGGAAGAGAACGAAUGGACGAUCUCCGAAGCUCCGAUUCGGACUCCGCGGCGGAACCCGCCUUAUUCUCCCGAGAUUCACAUGCACGCGUCAUUAAGACUCAUUACUCCUUUUGCGGAAUCGGGACGCAAUUCUAUUCCUCCGCUCGCAAUGACUUUAUCCAGAGGCAGUUCGGUUAAAUUGGCUGUAAGCAGUUUAGUUUUCGACCAAAGGCUAGAUCGGAGGGAUGAAUGCAAGGCGAAGGAAUAG